GACGUGUAGAAUUGCAAACAAAAGUGCGUCACAACAGCACUGCGGGAUUUUCAGUGUGUAGUUGUGUUUUGGUGAAACCUAUUUGUGUGUAGAGUUUUACCUGGCUUUUUGUUUGUUUAUUUUGCAUUGUUUUAAGAAUAUGGUGAAGAUAGCGUUUAAUUCCGCUUUGGCGCAAAAAGCGCUUGUAAAGGAGGUACCGGUCUCAGAAAAGGACCCUGAGACGGGCUCUGUGUACAGCAGUGAGAGUUCCACCGGCCGCUGUCUGCUCACGCUGCUCGGCCUGGGCUUUGUAAUUUCUGGCCUCAUUGUUGGUGGAGCCUGUGUGUACAGGUAUUUUACACCCAAGAAGCUCUAUCAUGGAUCCAUGCAGUUCACAGAUAUGGACAGUGCUGACAUGGAGGCCCAUGCACCUUACUACCUACCCCGUGUUGAUGAGGCUGUAGAGAUCCGAGACAAUGUAGCCAUCAUUAAUGUCCCUGCUCCUCGUUUUGGGGCAGGAGACCCAGCUUACAUCCUGCAUGAUUUUAAGAGGAAGCUGACUGCUUAUUUGGACCUAACACUAAGGACAUGCUUUGUGAUUCCUCUCAACACCUCUGUAGUGUUGCAGCCCCAGGACCUCUUGGAUUUGUUCUUGCAGCUCAUGUCCGGCUCAUUCAAGACUCACUUGGUGCAUGAGGAUCUGGUGGUGACUGAGCGCAUUGAUGACCUCAAACCCUUGGGUUAUUAUACUUAUAGCCUGUGUGAGGACAGACCAACAUACAGAAUGCAGCGCCGCAGUGAGAUAAUGGGCCUCCAGAAGCGCUCGGUGGAAGACUGCAGUAUAAUCCGCCACUUUGAGAAUAGGUUUGUUACUGAAACGAAGAUCUGUCGAGCCUGAGCAAGCAGGAAGUCAGGAGGGAACAGAGACACAGCCCCCUUCCCAAUCCCCCAGUCCAUGGUAGGGAGAGGUGAAGUGAGCGGAGAAAGGGAGGGCUGAGAGGAAAGGGUCUGUCUUCCAGCUCCUGCUGUAGUCUUUAGCAUUGGGUGGUUUUGUAUUAAUUUAGAGACGAGACUUUUUCUCUUCUCCCAAUUAAGUUGUAGUGAUGUAGCUCCCCUAAAGCAGUUUGAUUCCUUACACCUUUGUCACUGUACACUGUGAUUCCCUCUAUAGCUUGACUGCAGGUCAAGUCUUGUUCUAGUGUGUGCCUUCUGUUCUGUCACCACCAUGUUUUUGUGGAUAAUGAUUUGUGAACUGUGCAAAAUAUUAACUUUAAUCUUUAAGUUAACUUUUUUUUUCUUCUCUCCAUUUACAGAAGUAUUAUUACCUAAGCUCAUGUAGAUAUGCCUCUAGUCUAGCCUGUAAGAUAUUUCCCAACAUCCUUUCCUCCAGCUAAUGACCUAUCAAUGUAUAUACAUAUGGUCUCUACAGGUUUGAUCAGCUUAACUCUUAAUAUUCAACCCUUUGUGUUCACGUAUUUGAGUAACUAACCAAUGUGAUGUGUAAUUUCCGCAUGUAUACUGAUCUAGCAGACUGUGUAGCGUUGCUUCUGCCAGUAUCCCUGCUAAUGUACAUGCAUACAAUUUAAGGUGUCCGGUAUACAUGGCCUGAUUCUAACAUCUCAAUCCAAAUUAAAAAGGCCUCAUGGAUAGUCGGUACAAAUACACCAUGAUGCUAAGACUUUAUAAUUUGGUACUGUAAACAACUUCCUGUGCAAGAUUUCACACCUGGAGUUGUCAAGCCUGGCCAUUUCUGUUCUCUCACAUUUUCUCAUGGGCUCUGGCCUAAACAUUUGUUGUGGGCUAUGAUGAAAAUUUCACUGCUGAGACACAGUGGUGUGUUAACUAUCACUCGACUGAUCAGCUACCUGAACUCUGCUCAGGCAUUAUUAUUAUUUAGAGGUCUUGAUGUUCAUCUUUCAGCAAAACGAUGUAACAUUUUUAAGAUAUGAAAAUGAAUACCAGCAGGCUCCCCCCCCCCCCCCCCCCUUUCAAAAGCCAUGAGUGCUGUUUUUAAUUAUAAGUAGAAGAUGCAUGUCUGAACAAAACCAGACCAACAGCUUGUAUACUGGGAUGUUCUGCUGAAUGUUUGCUGCAGGUCAUUGUAAACAUGCGUUCACUCGGUAUUGAUGUAAAUGUACCUGACGCCACCGCACCAAUCCCUUUUAUUUAUUUUUUUCACAAUGGUUUUCCGUUGCAACGUCCUGUCAACUCUGGUGUAACCCUGCAUGGCAUCGUGGUUGUUUUGAUGGUUUUUAAAUUCCCUGCAUUCUAAAAACUUACAUUUACAUGUAUAUUUUGGAAAGAUCAGUAGCUUAACUGUUGAUCAGAAAAUGACAAUCAAGAACGAAGUCUCUGUUGCUGUCUUUGUCCGGAUUUCAUAAAAACGGACCGGAAUGAUGCUGUACUGAUUCAAAGAAAUGUACUACUGAAAUGUUAAACUGCUGACUGAAGUUUGUUUGAAAAUAAAAAUGCAUUUCUUCACUUAAA